CAAAGAACCCUAAUAACACAUUUUGUUGCUCAAGCGCCGUUUCUAGGGUUUUUCUCUGAAGCAAUUUCAUUUCUCUAAAUUUCAUCAACAAUGGCGGAAAGAGGAGAACGCGGCGCAGAGCGUGGCGGUGACCGUGGUAGCUUCGGACGUGGAUUCGGCGGUGGACGUGGCGGUGGCCGUGAUCGUGGUCCAAGAGGUCGUGGACGACGUGGAGGCCGUGCCUCGGAAGAAGCGAAAUGGGUACCAGUGACUAAACUAGGUCGUCUAGUGCUAGACAAUAAAAUAACGAGGCUAGAGGAGAUCUAUCUCCAUUCUCUGCCAGUGAAGGAGUACCAAAUCAUAGAUCUUCUUGUUGGUCCUUCGUUGAAAGACGAGGUUAUGAAGAUCAUGCCUGUUCAGAAACAAACCAGAGCUGGUCAAAGGACUAGAUUCAAGGCUUUUGUUGUUGUUGGUGAUGGUAAUGGUCAUGUUGGUUUGGGUGUCAAGUGUUCUAAGGAAGUUGCUACUGCCAUUAGAGGAGCUAUUAUUCUUGCUAAGCUUUCUGUUGUUCCGGUUAGGAGAGGUUACUGGGGGAAUAAGAUUGGGAAGCCACACACUGUGCCUUGUAAGGUUACUGGGAAGUGUGGUUCUGUUACUGUGAGAAUGGUUCCUGCUCCUAGAGGUGCUGGUAUUGUUGCUGCUAGGGUUCCUAAGAAGGUUCUUCAGUUUGCUGGUAUUGAUGAUGUCUUUACUUCUUCUAGAGGAUCUACUAAAACACUUGGAAACUUUGUCAAGGCUACAUUUGAUUGCCUACAGAAGACAUAUGGGUUCCUUACACCAGAGUUCUGGAAAGAGACCAGAUUCUCCAAAUCGCCAUACCAAGAGUACACUGAUUUCCUGGCGACUAAGGCUGUUCCAGCCGCCAAAGUUAUCACUGAGGGUGAAGACCAAGCGUAAAACCUUCAUGAGAUAAGUUUUGUUUUUAUAGGUUUUGGUUGUCCCAAAUGUCGUUUGUUUCUUGGUAUCUAUCAGAUUUCGAUAUUGGCGGUUUUGUUACUGUUUGGAUUUUGUUGAAUGUUUGCGGUAAAUGCAAAUUUUAAUGAAAUAGCUUUUGCAAU